CUGGCGGAGUCAUAAACAGCGCUGUAAAACGAGCAGCGCGCGCACGCCGAUCAGCAAGCCGCCACUGGCUACUUAAAGCCGUAGCCUGUAGCUCAGCUCCACCGCGCAUAAACCUAGCCAGCUAGCAACCGACAAGCCAAGGCGACGGCAAUGGCGCCGACGACGACGGCCACGGCGGCGGCGGAGCAGGCGCCGCCGCCGCAGCAUACGAGGAAGGCGGUGGGGCUCGCCGCGCACGACGACUCCGGCCACCUCACACCCAUCCGCAUCUCGCGCAGGAAAACUGGAGAUGACGACGUCGCUAUAAAGGUGCUGUACUGUGGGAUUUGUCACUCUGACCUGCACACCAUCAAGAAUGAGUGGAGAAACGCUGUCUACCCAGUUGUUGCAGGGCACGAGAUCACCGGGGUGGUGACCGAGGUGGGGAAGAACGUGGCGAGGUUCAAGGCCGGCGACGAGGUCGGCGUCGGGUGCAUGGUGAACACCUGCGGCGGCUGCGAGAGCUGCCGGGACGGCUGCGAGAACUACUGCUCCGGCGGGGUCGUCUUCACCUACAACUCCGUCGACCGGGACGGCACGCGCACCUACGGCGGCUACUCCGACGCGGUGGUCGUCAGCCAGCGCUUCGUCGUGCGCUUCCCCUCCUCCGCCGGCGGCGGCGCCGGCGCCGCGCUGCCGCUGGACAGCGGCGCGCCGCUGCUGUGCGCCGGGGUGACGGUGUACGCGCCGAUGAGGCAGCAUGGGCUGUGCGAGGCCGGGAAGCACGUCGGCGUGGUGGGGCUCGGCGGGCUCGGCCACGUCGCCGUCAAGUUCGCCAGGGCGUUCGGGAUGAGGGUGACGGUGAUCAGCACGUCGCCGGUGAAGAGGCAGGAGGCCCUGGAGAGGCUCGGCGCCGACGGCUUCAUCGUCAGCACCAACGCCAGUGAGAUGAAGGCUGCGAUGGGCACCAUGCAUGGCAUCAUCAACACGGCCUCUGCAAGCACAUCCAUGCACUCUUACCUGGCACUCUUGAAGCCCAAGGGCAAGAUGAUCUUGGUUGGCCUGCCUGAGAAGCCUCUCCAGAUCCCAACCUUCGCUUUGGUUGGAGGGGGCAAGAUACUAGCUGGGAGCUGCAUGGGGAGCAUCAGUGAAACGCAGGAGAUGAUCGACUUCGCCGCCGAGCACGGGGUGGCCGCCGACAUCGAGCUGAUCGGCGCCGACGAGGUGAACACGGCCAUGGAGCGCCUCGCCAAGGGCGACGUCAGGUACCGCUUCGUCGUCGACAUCGGCAACACCCUCAGGUCGGAUUGACUAGGGAGCUCACUGUCACUGGUCUCAGCUCUGUAGCAUACCGGACCUGCAAUCCUGCAAAGUAGUGCAAUCUUCUUGCUACAAGACAUACAUAUCACCUCUACUUGGUGUCAAUAAAUGUAGCAAAAGUGGUACAUUGUUGUACUAAUCUGUGUUUAAUAUAGCGUUGCAACACACAUGUAUAUUGUGUAAUGGAAUGGAAUGGGUCACUGACUCCUAUCCAAGAACGAGCCAUUUGCAUUUUGCAAUAAAGCAUUACUGUACUUGUACACAGGGACAA